UCUGGCUUCCAGCCCCAUCGCAAGACCAUGGAUCGCCUUGCGCUCGGCCUAUCUCUUCUCUUCUCGUCUCUCCUUCUUUCCGAAUGCAGUGACAUAAUCUCCACGAGUUUCGCCGAUGAAGCCUCGCCUCUGGGGGCAUUCGAAUCGGCUCGCUUCGGCGAGCAGAUGAGAAGAGGCGUUUUCACGGCCGAUGCAAAGCUUUGCCACCGUGCAGGAUUUUUUUGUCAUCCUUAUGGAAGGCAUGGAGGCAAUGCCCACUUUGGCGAUGCUGCAGAGAAGACCGCCCUUGCAGCAAGCAAGCUCGGAGGGAAUGCUCACUUUGGUGACUUCCAUGACCGUGUACGCUCGCUGGAAGCCAGAGAUCUUGGCGGCAAUGCACACUUUGGUGACUUCAAAGAUCAUGGAGCUCUGGGUGGAAACGCUCACUUUGGUGACUUUCAUAAGGAUCACGGGCUUGGCGGAAAUGCUCACUUUGGUGACACUGGAUUGGGUGGAAACGCGCACUUUGGUGACUUCAAAGACCACGGAUCAUUGGGUGGAAAUGCACACUUUGGCGACUUCAAAGACCAUGACUUGGGUGGCAAUGCCCACUUUGGCGAUUUCAAAUCAUUGGGUGGCAACGCCCAUUUUGGCGAUUUCAAAGACCAUGGUUUGGGUGGCAACGCGCACUUUGGCGAUUUCAAAGAUCAUGGUUUCGGUGGUAAUGCUCACUUUGGUGACUUCAAAGACCAAAGUUUGGGUGGAAAUGGUCAUUUCAGAGACUUUAAAUACCAUGGAUCAUUGGGUGGUAACGCCCACUUUGGCGACUUCAAAGACCAUGGUUUGGGUGGCAACACGCACUUUGGCGAUUUCAAAGAUCAUGGUUUGGAUGGUAAUGCUCCCUUUGGUGACUUCAAAGACCAAAGUUUGGGUGGAAAUGGUCAUUUCGGAGACUUUAAAUACCAUGGAUCAUUGGGUGGUAACGCCCACUUUGGCAACUUCAAAGACCAUGGUUUGGGUGGCAACGCGCACUUUGGCGAUUUCAAAGAUCAUGGUUUGGGUGGUAAUGCUCACUUUGGUGACUUCAAAGACCAAAGUUUGGGUGGCAAUGCUCACUUUGGCGACUUUAAGGACCAUGGCAAUGGAGACUUCAAAGGUUUAGGUGGCAAUGCUCACUUUGGGGACUUCAAAGACCAUGGUUUAGGCGUAAAUGCUCACUUUGGUGAUGCUUCUCUAGGUGGAAAUGCUCACUUUGGUGACCACGGAUUAGGAGGAAAUGCUCACUUUGGCGAUGCUUCUGUCAAACCAAGCACUAGUUGCAAGAAGAACAUGCCGCUGUAUUUGAUCCAGAUUUUUACUGAGUACGAGGAAGAGGGUUAUGGAGGAAGGAAGUCACUGCACUCUAUGGACUGGGCAACCAUCAAAGCCUUAAUAGCGAAAUGCUCCCCUGGAAUGCUCCAUCACUUCUUCACACUGGAAGAACUCCGACAAAGAAACGGAACUGAAAGUGUCCUCCCAAACAUCCGUGACACUUAUCCUCCACGGGCACUCCUGCCAAGCGCAAUGGCUAAGCACACAAACUUCGGUAAGCGGAGCCUUGACUCAUACUUGAAAGAGUUUAACGUCCCAAAGGAGUCUCCACUGGCAAGAAAAAUGGCUUUCACUCUGGAACUCUGCAAUGACAAUGCUGGGGGGAAGAUGAAGUGUGUGGCUUCCAUGGAAGAAAUGGCCGAGUUCGUCACCUCCACCCUUGGCCCUGUGGAGAUUACCAUGGUGACAGGAAGCAAGGCUUUUGCAGCCGAGGUUGGAAAACCUAUCAAGCUUGGCGAGGUCAAGCCCAUCACGAAAGGCGACACUCUUAUGGUCGUCUGCCACACAACUAUGUUUCCAUACAAAGUUUACUUCUGUCACAAGGUGAGUAGCACCAGCGCUUCCAAAGUAAAUGUGAAGACCAGCAGUGGCAUGGAGCUCACUCCAAACGUUCUGUGCCACAAGAUGGGCAAGACUUAUGUUUGUCACUGGUUUGUGGAAACGGUCAUUAUGUUCGUUCCCACUGCCACUGUCUAUGCUUGAUUGUAUCUAAAAAGCUAAUAAUGAUGAUGAUGUUAAUAAUAAUAAUAAUAAUAAAUUUACGCAUUAAAACAUUUUUAA